UUAGGGCAUGCAGAUUACGCUAGAUGUCCACAUUUUUCACUAUAAAUACACCAAUUAUCUCAUGGACCCAUCAGUCAGUGCCUCAAAAAUUCUACAAACCAUCAGUAUGGAAUUGUGUAAGAUUUCAUCAGUCCUGAUUUCUCUCGUAGCCUUAUCCCUGCUCCAUUCCAUUUUUGCGCAAGACUCGAUCAAAGACUACCUGAACGGCCACAACUUUGCUCGAGCGGCGGUAGGUAACGGGCCCAUGGUCUGGGAUGAUGAACUAGCGCGUUUUGCUCAAGACUAUGCCCAAAAACACAUUCAUGACUGCCAACUUGUCCACUCCGGUUAUAAAUACGGUGAAAACCUUGCCAUGAGUUGGGGUGAGAUGUUUGGCUUAGAUGCUGUGAGCAUGUGGGUGGGGGAGAAGCCGAAUUACGAUUACAACUCGAAUUCUUGCGUCGGUGGCGAAUGUGGGCAUUAUUUGCAGGUCAUUUGGAACACCUCGACUCAUCUGGGGUGUGCCAAAGCAAGGUGCAACAAUGGGGGUACUUGGAUCGGGUGCAACUAUAAUCCCCCGCCAAGUGGGGAUAGGCCUUAUAAUCCCCCGCCACGUGGGGAUAGGCCUUACUAAUAAUAUUUCAGUUUUUGUUAGCAAUAUGUGUGUGCCCUAUUAUGAACAAAAUGAAUUAAGAACUAAAUAUACCAUGUUAUAAACAAAGUGAAAAGAUACAAUUUUUCAAUUGUUGCAAACAUCGAAUAACCGAUUAUAAUUUGUAAACUAAUUAUAUGUGCAUUAUGAGUUAAUGCAUACUGCUAACGAGGCUAGCUAGCAUGUUUUAAUUAGUUUUUUUUUUGUAAAAACAACAAUGUGCAUUUGACUAAAAGUCUAUGAUCGUUCUCUUUGGUCGAAUGCCUCGAAGAGAUAUGCAUAAGAGGAUUAAGAGCAAUUAAUAUGCAAUGAAUCCAUGAAGGCAACGCGCGUUACAUGCACUUUGUUAGAACACAUAUAGUAUGAA